UACUGCGCUUAAUAUAUCCCAGUCUGAUUUCUUUACAUUUCACACAUUAAAUAACAACUUUUUAAAAACAAAAUAUCUUUAUUUGGGGGAAAAGAAAAGUUAAGAGAUCUGUGGUGACUAUCUUUUUUUCACUUCCAUGCUUACGCCACAGGGAUGUCUGAGUAGGGUUUUGCAAAUUUGGUGUGAACUUUUCAUUGUAGAACAUUGGAAAUGCUGGACUCUUCUCUGGAUCGAAUAUCCCAGUGGGGGAGUGUGGAAAUAUGUUGUUCUCUCUAACUCCUUUUGAGUAUUUACAAAACAAAACUUCUGUUGGGAUGGUUGUUGAACUGUCGUUUUCAGAAAUCGGCUUAUAUUCAUGGCAAACUUAAAACGAUCAAAUAUUUGAUGCGAUUCGUUUCUGAAUAGUGGGACGGAAUUCCACUUUGAUUGCGUAGUAUGGCCAAUGCUGUAACUUAAACUGUACAAAAACACUAAUUCAACAACGCUAUUUUAUUUUGUUCAAGCAUCGGGAAAAGACCAACUUUUGCAACAGUCUAUUUCAGCCUAGCAACGACGGAACUGCACCCAUCGACCGCUGACCUAUGGUACCAGCCAAUCAGAGUGACCAGCACCGGGGCACGCGGCCCGGGUUUGGACCAAUUAAAUGGCUCGAUGCUGGGAGUUCGGUUAGAAACGGUUCAAGAUGGCGCUGGUCGGCGAGAGUGAGAACCGGGAGAGUUUAACGGAAGAAAUCCCGGAAUAUGACCGGCGCAAAGAGAAAAUGGUGGAGAUCCUGCAGCGGAGAGACCAGGAGAGACAGCAGGGGGUGGAGAGGAGGAAAAUGGCCAAAGAUGUGACCACGGUGAAGGAGGAAAAGUCCAACUUUUUCAACAUGGCGUUUUCGGAGGAGAGGGCGGCGAUCGAGGCGCUGCUGGAAAGCUGCGAAGGCACCGACCGAAGCGCGUUGAAUGCCCGCUUCGAGGAAAUCUUGCAGAAGAUGCAGCGGCUGCAGAAGUUUGUCAACGACAGCAUGAUGUUCCUGUCUGCCUACGAGCUGCGGCAGGCCCAGGACGCCGUGCAGAGGCUGCAGGGGAUGGUGUCGGAGAAGAGGGAGGAGUGCCUGCCCAAGAAGAAAUUCGCUUUCAAGUCCCGCAAGAAAGAAGGUGCCGCCCCCAAACAAACCAAGUCCGUCGAUUCCCCGUCCGACAAGAAACCGAGCGACCCCGUCGCGAUCGAUGAAAACCUCUGCGGUUUUUCGGACGCCGACUCCCAAAUGCUGGUCCGGCGGGCGGACGAGAUCACCGGGAAGGAUGUGUUGUUGACCCGGUUGACGAACUGCGUGGUCCAGCUCUUGGGUUCGCCCAACACUCUCCAUGUCAAGAAUGUCACUAAUUCGAAGGUAUUGUGCGGACCUGUCUCUACCUCCGUGUUCAUUGACCAGUCCGUUGGCUGCACCUUUGCCUUCGCUUGUCAGCAGCUGCGAACCCAUAACACUAAGGAUGCUAAUAUAUAUUUGCAUGUGACCAGCCGAGCUAUCAUUGAGGACUGCACUGGAGUUUCCUUUGCUCCAUUUAACUGGAAGUACGAAGGCAUUGAAAAGGACUUUGAGCUAGCGGGUUUAGAUAGAACGAAAAACAAUUGGAAUGUUAUAGACGAUUUUAACUGGCUCGCGUCUGAUCAUUCCCCUAACUGGAGUAUUUUGGCUGAAGAGUCUCGAAUAACAGACUGGGACAAAAUCUUAGCGCCGUAGAUGUAUCAUAUGUACCAGAGGUCUGUGUUUACUGAACAAGCUGACGAUGUCAUGACUUAAUUGCACCCAUUCCUGUAUUUGAAUUCAAGUAAAAUAAAUGCUGUGGACAGAAAAAUU